UGCUAAGGUGGCACUGGCGUGGCUUGACAUCUUCGUGGGUCUUCUUCUUUCCACUUUGUUUUUUUCUUCUUUUAUUCCUCUGGUAGUCUUCCAUGGAAGAAGAGGAAUCCAUAGAAGAGAAUAAACAUCAAAGAAGAAGGACUACUACUAGGAGGUAAAACUAAUCAAUGGAAAGAGAGAAAUGCUGGUUCUGUGAAUCUGUGGAACUUUUGAAACAUAGAAUGACAAAGAAGGUUAUGAGGCAAGCUAAGACUCACACGAUUCAUGCUAACCAUUUUUGUAUGUUUUUUCUUAUCUUAUUUUGGUUUCAGUGAGAAUAUUCAGCUUGUUUUGAUUAACGUGGUUGAUGAUACAUCAGAGCAAAAGGAACUAACACCACAGAUGUAACUUUAUGAUGAAGCACUCAUAUGAAGUGCUACUGGAGAUUCAUAUUAAUCCAUUUCGAUGCCAUUAACUUUUUCGUGUUUUUGUUUUUCAAGUAAUCUUACUCUGGUAAACAAGAAGGCAGAAGCUAAGGUAGAUCUGCUACAAGGGGAUGAUGAGCUGUUGGAAGGAUUCUUCUUGCAGGUAAUACAAAGUGACUGCGUUGCCAAGUUGACUGAGAUAUAUGGGAGCAUCGGUAAUUGGAAAUGUGAUUCCAAUAGAUGUAAAGAUGGAUGGGAUUUGUAGAGGAAUAGAUAAUCUACAGGGAUCAGCUGGAGGUUCCUAAGUCACUGUCUUAGAAUUUUUGGUAUUGUAGGGCAUACACAUGACUUGAUAAUGCACUGUGUUGGCACUGCUAGUUUCUCUAUUGUAGUAAAUGGCCAAGCUGAAGGUUUUUUUGUUAGUGAAAGGGGCCUUCGACAAGGCUUCCCUUUAUCGCCUUAUUUGUUUAUUCUCUGCUCCCAAGGACUGACAUGGCUAAUGAGAAAGAUGGAAUCCAAUGCUCUGUACAAUGGAUAUCGUGUCAAUCGAAGUGCUCCGGUGGUGUCUCACCUCAUGUUUGCUGAUGAUUUGCUGUUGUUUGGUACUCUGGAUAAUAGAACCAUAGAGACUCUGCUUCCAAUUUUGUCUAUAUAUGCUGCUUGGUCUGGUCAAAAUGCAAAUAUGCAGAAAUCAGCAGUCUUCUUCAGCAAAGGCGUAGAACAUAACAGAAGACUGGAAGUUGCUGAAAUUCUGGGAGUGAAGCAGAUGGAGAGCUCUGAUAAAUACUUGGGACAUCAACUUCUAAAAUCAGCCCAUCUUACAACCUCUCAUGAUUUCCUUGAAGAAAAGUUCAACUCAAAAACUGCAGAAUGGAAGCGUAUAUUUUUAACUCAUGCAGGAAGAACAAUGCUAAUCCAGACAGAGCUAGGUUUGAUACCACCUUACUAUAUGGCCACUUCUCUACUCCCCAAGAAGACUUUAAAUAAAUUAACCAGGAUCAUGAGGAAUUUCUGGUGGGGACAUGACAAGGAGGUCAGGAAAAUGCAUUUCAUUAACUGGGAAUAAUUUGAACUGGAAAAGGAGAAGGGUGGAUUGGGGAUAAGAGCUCUACAUCAAGUGAACAAGGCUAUGAUUGCAAAACUGGUGUGGAAGUUUUUGGAGGAUGAAGAUUGUUUAUGGGGGAAAAUCAUGAAGGCAAAGUAUGUGAAGACUGGGAAUUUUUGGGAGGUAAAAAAGCCAAUCAGUUGCUCAGCUACAUGGACUGCCAUGCUGACUGUAAGAGAAGACAUGAGAGACAGAUGUUGCUGGUCAGUGGUGACUGGAGAGAAAAUUAAUGUCUGGUCGGACCCACAGAUACCAGGUCUACCACAAAUUAAACCUGAGAGAAGAGCAGAUGAAGAAUACAUCAAAACUACAGUGGAGGAACUUAUUAUCCAAGAAGAUCACAGGUGGGAUGAAUACAAGCUGCGGAAGCUGUUUAAUCCAUCUGAAGUGGCAAAGAUAAUGGAGAUCCAUCUAUCUGAAGUAACUGGAGAAGACUGCAAAGACAAACUGAUUUGGACUCCUCAUCCUAAAGGUGAAUUCUCAUCUAAAUCUUUCCUCAAGACUAUGAAUGAUAUAGGACCUUCGACUUCAGACAACUAUGAGUUUCCUUGGAAGAAAUUCUGGAGCACAAAGAAUAUACCUCCAAAAAUCCAGAUUUUUAUGUGGAGGUUACUGAAAAAUGGACUGCUAGUGUCCAAGAAUAUUAAGAGACACAUACAUGGAAUAAAUGAUGACUGUAGAUUUUGUGACCUGCAUGCUGAAACAAAUGGCACUUGUUCCUACACUGUCAAGCAACUCAGGCUAUUUUGUUUGCUUCUCCUCUCAGCCUAAGAACUGGAGAACAACCUGAUAAGACUAUACAAGAUUAUGUAAUACAAUGGCUUGCAGAUGGAGGGGAUUUUGCUAGAAAAAAGAUGGGAGCAUGCCUGUGGUGGGCCAUUUGGAAAGCUAAGAAUGUUGUUAUCUUUAAGAAAGAGAAACUGAAUAUACAGUUUGUUAUUAAAGAAGCUAUGUAUUGGUACAAUAUGGAGAUGACAGUGGGUGAAAUGGAGUCCAUACCUGAUCAGAGUAACAUGUUGGAAUCCAGAAAUGAUACUUGGGAGCCACCAGACAGCCUGAAGAUCAAGAUUAAUUUUGAUGGUGAUGCUGGUCCAAGAGGCUUUGCUUGUGGAACUGUGGCAAGAGACUCUGAAGCAAAAUUCCAGGGCUGUAAGAAUAAGAGUCUAACUCAUUGUAAAGCUGUGGAAGCUGAGGGGCAUGGAGCUAUGACAGCUGUGGAAUUGUCCAGAAGGAAAGGCUUCAGGGGUAUUAUUUUGGAAGGGGACUCCUUGAUAGUUAUAAAUGCUCUCAGAUAUACUAACUAUAAGCCCAACUGGAGAAUAAAAAAUCUGAUCAACAGAAUCAAGGAGGAGCUCAAGAAUUUCAGGUCUGUUGAAUAUAGGUACAUCAAGAAAAAUGCCAACAAAGUGGCACACAAUGUUGCAGCUUUAGCUAUUGACAACCACUCCUCAGAUGAGUGGAUCAAUUCCCCUCCUUCUUGUAUUGCUCAACUCAUCGUGAGUGAGUAUUCUUCUACUCGGUAGGUUUUUUCUAUUUCUUUUGUUUUUGUUUGUUCUCCUUCAAAAAAAAAAAGAAUAAUAAUCCACAACACUCACUUGUCAGUUACUUGUUUUGUUGAUUUUUCUUCUUUAUUUUUAGCUUGUUACAGUAUCAUCUUUUGUAUUAUAUUGGAUCAACGAAUCAAUCUAUCAGGUUCUUUUUUU